AUGGAUGUCCAGUUGCCCUACACCCCAAAAUCUGGGACCUUCCUCUUGGCAAUUCUAAUAGCUACUGUGACUUUCACGAAUCCACCGCCCGACUCGUAUUACGACAGGGGCAUUAUUCUACCCCGGUACGACUACAUUAUCGUGGGAGGAGGAACUGCAGGAUGUGUCCUGGCUAACAAAUUAUCAGAAGACCCCAACAUCACAGUCCUCGUAAUCGAAGCUGGAAAAGCUGAAGACGCCACAACAGAGAUUCCCCUGUUCAACUUUUUGCAUUUCAAUGAACAUUUCGACUGGAAGUACAGGACAGUGCCGCAGAAAAAAAGCUGCCUUUCCCUCGAAGGCAAGAUUAUCCUCAAUGGAUUGGAUGCCACUGGUGUGACGUUCGAAAAGCAAGGACAAACUUACACCGUGAAUGCUAACCAAGAGGUCAUCCUGUCUGCUGGUACAGUGAGGUCUCCACAAUUACUAAUGGUGUCAGGUAUCGGCCCAAGAGAACACCUCGAAAGCUUAGGGAUACCAGAGAUAAGAACACUGUACACGGACAUUGGAAUUCGGGGAGAGGACUACGAUGCCUUCAUUGGUCCGCACCAAGGGGAACCAGGCUUCCAGAUGUACCCUUUUAUACUCAAACCAAAAUCCAAGGGACUUAUAAGGCUGGCUAGCCCGGACCUCCACGACUUUCCACUCAUAGACCCACGCUAUUACACUCAUCCCGAUGACAUAAAGACCUGCGUUGCAGCCGUGAAAGCUGCCGUCGACCUCGUGACGGCGAAAGCGUUGAAGGAAGAUCUUGGAGCCAAAAUGUGGGACAUUCCUUUCCCUUCUUGCAAGCAACACAAGCUAUGGUCCGACAGCUAUAUGGCGUGUCUGUGCACCCACUUGACGGUCAGCGUGUGGCACCAGUCGGGAACCUGUCGCAUGGGGAACGGAACGGAGGCUGUAGUAACGCCGCGUCUCAGGGUCAAUUGCAUUACUGGACUACGUGUGGUGGAUGCUUCGGUGAUGCCGGAGAUCGUGUCCGCGAACACUCACGUACCGGUUCAGAUGAUUGCCGUGAAAGGAGCUGCGAUGAUUCUGGAAGACUACUACGCCAAGAGAAGAUAA